GUAGGUUACUUCCCAGUCGACUAUUUUGCCCUUUGCUGUGAAUGCUGUUCUUCUGAAGUGAUUUGACUUCAAACCCUUAAUACAGGAGCAUCUGGAGGACCCCACUAUUCACAGAGGCUCCCAGCUUGACCCUCACUCUGCACGGGAUCUCCUCUAUCUCAGAGGCAAAUAUUUUUGCCCAGCUGAAAUCCAGUCUUCUACCAGGAAGCCUGCCCUGAUCCCCCCUGAUGCUGUUGGUUUCCCUUGAUUUCAUCAAGUUUUGAAUGAUUUUGACAUAAUGACAGCAGAAGAUUCCACUACAACAAUGAGCAACGAUUCCACCAACAUGUCGGCAGCCAAAGUUCCUGAAGGUAUAGCUGGGGCACCGAAUGAGGCUGCCCUCCUGGCCCUCAUGGAACGUACAGGUUAUAGUAUGAUACAGGAGAACGGGCAACGCAAAUAUGGCGGACCUCCCCCAGGUUGGGAAGGGCUGCAUCCCCCACGUGGCUGCGAAGUCUUUGUAGGUAAAAUUCCCCGAGACGUGUAUGAAGAUGAGCUGGUACCAGUAUUUGAAUCAGUUGGACGUAUCUAUGAGAUGCGGUUGAUGAUGGACUUUGAUGGGAAGAACCGUGGCUACGCUUUUGUUAUGUACACUCACAAGCAUGAAGCCAAGCGUGCCGUGAGGGAACUGAACAAUUAUGAAAUCAGACCGGGUCGACUUCUAGGAGUCUGUUGCAGCGUGGAUAACUGCCGACUAUUCAUCGGCGGCAUCCCUAAGAUGAAAAAGAGAGAGGAGAUACUGGAAGAGAUCUCUAAAGUGACUGAAGGGGUACUAGAUGUUAUUGUGUAUGCGAGUGCGGCUGAUAAGAUGAAGAACAGAGGAUUUGCAUUUGUGGAGUAUGAGAGCCAUAGGGCAGCGGCCAUGGCCAGGAGAAAACUCAUGCCCGGAAGAAUCCAGCUGUGGGGACACCAGAUUGCAGUGGACUGGGCGGAGCCAGAGAUAGAUGUUGACGAAGAUGUCAUGGAGACUGUGAAGAUCCUGUACGUGAGAAAUCUGAUGAUUGAAACAACGGAGGAGACAAUUAAAAAGAGCUUUGGCCAGUUUAAUCCCGGUUGUGUAGAGCGAGUUAAAAAGAUCCGUGAUUAUGCAUUUGUUCACUUCACCAGCCGGGAAGAUGCCGUACAUGCUAUGAACAGCCUCAAUGGCACUGAACUUGAAGGCUCUUGUCUUGAAGUUACUUUGGCCAAGCCAGUAGACAAAGAGCAAUACACACGCUAUCAGAAGGCGGCCAAAGGAAGUGUAACAACAGAAGUAACACCUCAGCAGCCUAACUAUGUUUACUCGUGUGAUCCCUAUACAUUGGCCUACUAUAGUUAUCCCUACAAUGCUCUGAUUGGGCCCAACAGAGAUUAUUUUGUGAAAGCAGGGAGCAUAAGAGGCCGAGGGCGAGGUGCAGCUGGCAACAGAGCCCCAGGCCCUAGGGGAUCUUACCUCGGGGGAUACUCUGCAGGCCGUGGCAUAUAUAGCCGAUAUCAUGAAGGGAAAGGAAAGCAGCAAGAAAAAGGAUUUGAGCUUGUACCGAAUUUGGAAUUAUCUGCUGUCAAUCCAGUUGCUAUUAAACCCGGUACAGUGGCCAUCCCUGCUAUCGGGGCCCAGUAUUCCAUGUUUCAGGCAGCCCCUGCUCCCAAGAUGCUGGAAGAUGGCAAAAUCCAUACAAUGGAACAUAUGAUCAACCCCAUAGCAGUCCAACCAGACCCGGCGAGUGCUGCUGCCGCCGCUGCUGCUGCUAUCAUACCUGCUGUUUCAACCCCUCCACCUUUCCAGGGCCGCCCAAUAACUCCUGUAUACACAGUGGCUCCGAAUGUACAGAGAAUUCCUGCGGCUGGGAUCUACGGUGCCAGUUAUGUCCCAUUUGCUGCUCCUGCCACAGCCACGCUAGCCACACUACAGAAGAACGCCGCAGCUGCAGCCGCAGUUUACGGAGGUUAUGCUGGCUACAUACCUCAACCAUUUCCUACUGCUACAAUUCAGGUUCCCAUACAUGAUGUCUACCAGACAUACUGAGAUUGAGGGGGGUCAUGAAAACAAACAAAAAACCACUGAAGGAACACUUUACUAUUUAUGAAGAAAGUACCUACUGCAGAAGAACAUGCUUGAACUUUAAUAAAUAUAUAUAAAACCCUGAAAGUGAAGAAUGUUAUCAAAUAUUAAUGUUGAAAUAUUUUAUACUCAUGAAGUCACUAGUUUUUGUGACUUUUAAAGUGAAUGCACCUGUAUUCAUUCCUACAUUUCUCAGAGAGUUCAACUUGUGAUGCCUUAAUAUGAUCCCUACUCACAUGUAUACAAUAGUAUGUUUAUAAAGG